CUUCCACCGACGCGGGCGUCCGUCUCUCGCGGCAGCAGGCAGAAGGGCGCAGGCGGACACGAUGCUGAUGCCAUGGGAAAGGACGCUGGAGACGUCGAGGCCCGGCCUGAUGGACACCGUCCGCGGAAUCCUGCGGCAGCGACUGCAGCGCUGUCGGCAGCAGCUGCGGCCGGUGUCGGCAUCCCCAGCUGGCGAGGACCCCGCCAGCAAGCUACUGGCGCCAGAGGACUCGCCAGAGAACAAGCCGCGGCUGCUCACCGUGGAGGAGGCGCCCGAGCACAUGCGCUUCAACCCCUACAUACGUACCGGUUACCGGGACGUACUCUCGCCCGCCGCCUGCAUCGAAAGCGCGUUCUGGUGGACCAAUGAGACGAUCAACAUCUGGAGCCACGUGUUCGGCUGGAUGCUGCUGGGAGGUUUGGGCGCUCGCGUGCUGGUGGGCUACCGGGACAUCAUCCCCCCGUCACAGCUCGUCGUCUUCAUCGGCGUCAUCGUGUGUGCCCAGAUAACGAUGGCGCUGUCGACGCUGUACCACGUGUUCGUGUGCGCGUCACAGCGCUGCCACGAGCUCUUCCUCACGCUGGACAUGCUGGGCAUCAUCAUCUCGCUGCUCUCCAUGUUCCUGUCCGGAGUACAGUACGGUUUCUGGUGUCACGAGUGGUGGCGGCAUUUCUACACGGCGACGGUGGCUCUGAUGUUGGGCGUGGCGCUGGUGGCGCAGCUGCCGUGGCUGGGGGUGCCGCUGCUGGUGCGCCAGGGGGUGCUGCUGGCGUGGGCGGGCUACGGCAUGGUGCCAACCGUACACCUCGCCGCCAUGCACGGCGGCUGGGCCUCGCCUGUUGUCAAGAUAUUCCUACCAAGAAUCCUCGAACUCUAUGCGAUUGGUGGCACUGCAUUCUUGAUCUACUGCACCAAGAUCCCAGAACGUUGGUUUCCAGGUCGGCUGGACGUGGUGGGCUCUUCGCACCAGAUCUGGCACGCUCUGGUCGUGCUGGCGUUGUACCACUGGUACAACACUGGUGCCCUCUACGUCGUCUUCCGGAUGACGCACGGCUGCCCUGCCUACACGGGCAUGCUGUAGUCCCAGAACCAACAGCCGCUGGCCCUAUACCUGCUGCCCUUGUGCACUGACGCCUGUUUACUUCAUAGCGUCAACGGGUUUCCCAAGUCACGUGACACAGCUCUCCAUUCUCUCUUUCUUGAUGUACACAACCUGUUCACCUCUUCUCGUCUUAUAUCCCUGAAGUAUUCCGUAAAGUUUUGUAUCAUACAGGGAGUUACAAAAAGGUACGGCCAAGCUUUCAGGAAACAUUCCUCACACACAAAGAAAGAAAAUAUGUUAUGUGGACAUGUGUCCGGAAACGCUUACUUUCCAUGUUACAGCUCAUUUUAUUACUUCUCUUCAAAUCACAUUAAUCAUGGAAUGGAAACACACAGCAACAGAACGUACCAGCGUGACUUCAAACACUUUCUUACAGGAAAUGUUCAAAAUGUCCUCCGUUAGCGAGGAUACAUGCAUCCACCCUCAGUCGCAUGGACUCCCUGAUGCGUUGAUGCAGCCCUGGAGAAUGGCGUAUUGUAUCACAGCCGUCCACGAUACGAGCACGAAGGGUCUCUACAUUUGGUACCGGGGUUGCGUAGACAAGAGCUUUCAAAUGCCCCCAUAAAUGAAAGUCAAGAGGGUUGAGGUCGGGAGAGCGUGGAGGACAUGGAAUUGGUCCGCCUUUACCAAUCCAUCGGUCACCGAAUCUGUUGUUGAGAAGCGUACGAACACUUCGACUGAAAUGUGCAGGAGCUCCAUCGUGCAUGAACCACAUGUUGUGUCGUACUUGUAAAGGCACAUGUUCUAGCAGCACAGGUAGAGCAUCCCGUAUGAAAUCAUGAUAACGUGCUCCAUUGAGCGUAGGUGGAAGAACAUCAAGACAUCACCAACAAUGCCUCCCAAAACGUUCACAGAAAAUCUGUGUUGAUGACGUGAUUGCACAAUUGCGUGCGGAUUCUCGUCAGCCCACACAUGUUGAUUGCGAAAAUUUACAAUUUGAUCGCGUUGGAAUGAAGCCUCAUCCGUAAGGAGAACAUUUGCACUGAAAUGAGGAUUGACACAUUGUUGGAUGAACGAUUCCCAGAAGUGUACCCGUGGAGGCCAAUCAGCUGCUGAUAGUGCCUGCACACGCUAUACAUGGUACGGAAACAACUGGUUCUCCCGUAGCACUCUCCAUACAGUGACGUGGUCAACGUUAUCUUGUACAGCAGCAACUUCUCUGACGCUGACAUUACGGUUAUCGUCAACUGCACGAAGAAUUGCCUCGUCCAUUGCAGGUGUCCUCGUCGUUCUAGGUCUUCCCCAGUCGCGAGUCAUAGGCUGGAAUGUUCCGUGCUCCCUAAGACGCCGAUCAAUUGCUUCGAACGUCUUCCUGUCGGGACACCUUCGUUCUGGAAAUCUGUCUCGAUACAAACGUACCGCGCCAUGGCUAUUGCCCCGUGCUAAUCCAUACAUCAAAUGGGCAUCUGCCAACUCCGCAUUUGUAAACAUUGCACUGACUGCAAAACCACGUUCGUGAUGAACACUAACCUGUUGAUGCUACGUACUGAUGUGCUUGAUGCUAGUACUGUAGAGCAAUGAGUCGCAUGUCAACACAAGCACCGAAGUCAACAUUACCUUCCUUCAAUUGGGCCAACUGGCGGUGAAUCGAGGAAGUUCAGUACAUACUGACGAAACUAAAAUGAGCUCUAACGUGGAAAUUAAGCGUUUCCGGACACAUGUCCACAUAACAUCUUUUCUUUAUUUGUGUGUGAGGAAUGUUUCUUGAAAGUUUGGCCGUACCUUUUUGUAACACCCUGUAUAUUGCAGUUUCAUCUGUAACUGCCAUUAUAGUUAUUUAUUUUUGUUUCUCCUUCAGCGCCAUAAUGAAUACAGUCACUACGCUUUGUAACGUACCGUGCCAUAAUCACUAUCGUCAGGGCGUGAUAUUUUUAUGUAUUAUAUCAUAUUUCAUUAAUUUAUCGUCAACAUAUUUGUUGCCUUUGUACAGAUUUCAGAUUUUUCGAGCUGUCGUAUUACCCUUCAGUGUCAUGUCGUUAUUAACAAUUACAGUUUCGUUUACCUUUUCUAUUAUUCCCCUUAACACAUAACUC